AUGUCAUAUUUUGAAAAAAAUAUCUUUGUAAAUACUUUUUCUGAACCAUCAAUUAAAAGACAAUAUCGUAUUUUUGCUGAUGGUGAGGUAUUCUAUGUAAAUGGUUAUUAUUUAGCCGAGUUAUCUCCAUACUUUGAAACAUUAUUUUUUAACAAUUGUUUUAUCGAAGCUAGAACAAAAACAGUCUUUUUUGAUUCUAUUGAUAGUUGGGAGUUACAUAUUUUUUUGGAUUACAUCUGCCCCGUUGACAAUAGAAGUAAGAAAAAAAAUAUAACAGUUGACAAUUUUCAUAUACUAAUGUAUUUCUCUAAUAGAUUUCUUAUAAGAGAAUUUGAAGAUUCAUUAAUUCAUUUUUUAAAAAAUAAUCAUGAAGCAUGUAGAAUGAAACUUUCAUGUUCUAAAUUAUUGGUCUUAGCUUCAUUUUUAAGAAAUAGUAAUUCACCAAAAGAAUUUUUACAAUUUUGUUUUGAGUCAAUUGCUCUUUAUCCAGAAGAGGAUGUUACAACAUAUUUAAAUAUGAUUCCGGAAGAUAACAGAGAAUUUAUACUAAAUCAAUGUAACAAAGUUAGAAUUAGAAUAAUGGAGAAACAAUUAGAUAAAACACAAGAUGACUAUGAUAUACGGGAUGAACAUUUACGAAGUAUUAUUAAUUGUACGGAUAACAAAACUAACUAUAUUCUCAGCGUUAUUAUUAUUGUUAUAAUCUAUACUCUUUGGCUUAUGUAG